AUGCCGAGCAGCGAGCAGUUGAAAAGCCCAGCCUGCAAGCACCUCCUCCUCUUUAUUCUCUCCCAAUUCAUACUCGCCCUCUGUUUGUUUACAUACCUUCGGCCCUCCAGGGACCGAGGCCCAGAGCCCCAGGCUGGCAAUCCCUCUGCACUCACAAUCCAGCUUGGGAACAACCCCACAGCUCCACAGGCUGGUUCGGAACUGAUCAUCCUGCUAUGGACCUGGCCCUUUGGGCAGCCUGCUGCUCUGCAAAAAUGCUCUGAGCUCUUUGGCAUCCGGGACUGUCACAUCACGGCCAACCGCAGCUGGUACCACAAGGCCAAUGCGGUGAUUGUGCAUCACAAGGAUGUGUGUUCCAGCCCAAAGCAACUGCCCCAGGGCCCACGGCCCCCAUCCCAGCACUGGAUCUGGUUCAAUCUGGAGUCCCCCAGCCACAGCCCUAACCUGCGCUUUAUGGAUAACCUCUUCAACCUGACCAUGUCAUACCGGAGGGACUCAGAUAUCUUCACCCCAUACGGGUGGCUGGAGGUCCUGAGCCAGCCCCAGAACUUCAGCAUCCCAGCCAAGUCCAAGCUGGUGUCCUGGGUGGUGAGUAACUGGAACCCAGCCUCCCACCGGGUGCGGUACUAUGGGGAGCUGAAGAAAUACCUCCACGUGGAUAUAUACGGCCGACAGCACAUGCCUCUGCCCCGGGACAAGCUCGUCUCCACCCUGUCUCAGUACAAGUUCUACCUAGCCUUUGAGAACUCGCUUCAUGAGGACUACAUCACUGAGAAACUCUGGUACAAUGCCCUGGGCUCGGGGUCCGUGCCCGUUGUCUGCGGCCCCCCCCGAGAAAACUAUGAGCGCUUUCUGCCCCCCGAUGCCUUUAUUCACAUCGAUGACUUUCCCAAUGCUCAAGGGCUGGCCCAGUACCUUCAGGAGCUGGACAAGGACCCAGCGCGCUACCAGCGCUACUUCCAGUGGCGAACGUGGCUAAAACCGUCCGAGCGAAGUUCCUGGACCAUCCGCUUCUGCAAAGCCUGCCGGGCCUUGCAAAUGACAGAGACCUACCAGACCAGGACCAGUUUGGCCAAGUGGUUCCGCUAG